UUGCCAAGUUUCGUGACCUAAAUGGCCCCGUCACAUGCCCCAGAAACACAAGAAUGACUGUCGUCUUCUCAUAAAGAUAGUGACCACUACCAUUGGUAUAUUUACAUCUUAUCUCAUCCACAUAUAAAAUGUCGACAGGUAAAGAAACAAAUGCUGAACCAGCUGUUCGUGGCGAUAUCCAAGAAGAAGCACUGGUGUUGAAAGAUCAUGGCGAAGAAAACAGUGACGAAAYAGAGACAAAAUCUCGUCAGUUCGACGACCUUUUUGAUCACAUCAACUCAUUUGGGAAGUACCAACUUUUUCUUUACAUCUUUAUUAUGUUGCUGUGUCCACCCCUCUCCUCGCAGUUUAGCGCAUUGAUUUUCGCAUUUGGAACUCCCACAUUCCAAUGUGCGACUCCUAAUGUAACAUGUUCUCAGGGGAAGUGCUGUGAAGACUGCACAUCUUAUGUUUUUAAACCUAAAACCUUCACGACGACUGCAUCGGAGUGGAACCUUGUCUGUGAAACCGCCUAUAAAAAUGCUGGUCUCCACUUGUGUUACUUCGCGGGAAUGCUCGUUGGUUCUCUGUUCAGCGGUAUGAUCUCCGACGCUUGGGGAAGAAAAAAGCUCAUCAUCGUCACUUAUGUCGUCAUGACCGCUGCUUCAGUGGGCUCAUCAUUCGCCAAGUCCAUGGCCCUGUUUGGUUUUCUUCGUUUUAUUGUUGGAUGUUUUCUAGCAGGUUCUAUGCUAGCACAAUAUAUUUAUCCUAUGGAAUUAGUCGGUCCAUCUAAACGAACUACGGCAGGAACUCUCCCUUAUGUCAUGAUUUCUUCAACUGGUUUGGUCAAUGCUGGCAUUGCRUACUUGAUUCCUGACUGGAGGACUUAUUUACUGGUAGUGACUGUUCCAGCAGUGCUUGCAUUUCCUGGCUUUGUGUUUAUGCCAGAGUCACCAAGAUGGCUAAUUGCCCACAAUCAUCUCGACGAAGCUCACAGAGUCUUGAUGCGCUUUGGAGGCAAAGACGGACAAACCAUUGAUCCCCAGAAGCUCAAAACCCUUAUUAAAGAAAUACGAAACGAUCAGAUCUUGAGAAAAGCAGCCGACAAAAAAUAUACAAUCGUUGAUCUCUUUYGCACACCCAAGAUGAGAAAAUGGACACUGAUAAUUUUAUUUCAAUGGUUUGUAGUUUCACUGAUUAAUUUCGGGAUUUUGCUGUUUACAAGCCAAUUGAUGGGAAACCUGUACUUAAAUGUAGCUAUUCUUUCAUCAUUAGGGGGGAUAAAGAUCCCUCUUGUUUGGCUAUUAUUUUUAAAAUUAGGACGCAGAGUCGGUCAUGGCAGUUUGAUGUUACUCGUUGGUGUUACAUUACUGAUGAUUUUACCAUUCUACAAACGUUUUCCAAUGACAACCACUAUUCUGUCAAUUAUUGGUAAAAUCAUUGGUGGCAGUAACUGGACAGGGGUGUACAUCUAUACUUCAGAACUAUUUCCAUCCGUUUUAAGGAACACUGCUCAAGGAAUUGGUUCUACUAGCGCUAGAAUUGGUGGAAUGGUAGCACCCUUUAUGGCAACAAUGAGUCAACUUCCUGGAGUUGGUGUCGAACUUCCCGCUGCCAUAUUUGGAGUUCUCGCACUGAUUGCUGGGAUCAUGAUGUAUUGGUUACCCGAGACCCUUUUCGCGCCGAUGCAUCAAACAAUCGAAGAAGCCGAAGCAGCGACCGACGAUUACUCGAUUCCAUCUUGUCGAAAAAGUUUAGAUAAAAAUGAUUCGAGUUUUGGGGAAAUGAAUGAAGAGGGAUCAGUAUUGGUCGACGUAGAGUCGAAUAAGAUCGAGAAGGUCAAAUCAAACCAAUAAAUGUAACGAUAGCUUGAAGCCGUUUAAUUACUGGCGAAAUAAACCGCGCGGGAUGGUUGGGAGAACACGUGAAAAGAUCUGUUAAUCUAACGAUCUAGUCGUCAGGCGAGUGAUUUACCUUUUCGAGUGUUCUCCCAACCAUCCCAAGCGGUUUAUUUCGCCAGUAAACGGCUUCAAGCUAUCGWUUAUUGCUUUUACAUUAUAUCCGGCGUCCGCCAUUUAGAAUCAAAAGUCUUUCAAGACUUUUUACUAAUGAAAUAAACCAUAGCUUUUCUCAUGAAAUCCGGCAAUCAGCGCGCGUGCUAGAAAUGAGGCGUAUAAUAGAAAAAAWUGUAAAUACCUCCAUAAUACAGUUCAUUUUUUGCGCUUUCCACGAUAAAUUCAAUGUUUUCUUGUAGUGAAAUGGUAAAUACUCCAAUUUCGAGUUCUGGUUUGCUCUGUAUUAGCCUCAA